UAUUGCGGUCUAAGAUGGGAAACCUAGAAGCCGUCGCGAAUGCGGACAUGGGCACAGCCCCACACAGUGAACCUCUCUAUGUAGUUAGGGGUAGCUCAGGCCUGCCGAGGUACUAUCGGCCUGCCUUAUCCCCCGCAUCACUCAUCCCUCCACCGGCAUCGCAAUCGAACCCGGGUUUCCGUCCAGUGCCACCUCCGCAACCAGGGGAUUCUCUUGUCCGAAAAGCGACAGGGAGACUGUUGAUACAUAAAAGCCCGUGACAGUCUGUGAAUCUGUGUUUUGUAAUUCAAAUCUCGGGCGAACCUCUGUCCCACGAUUCGCAUUCUUUUGUCUCUCCUUGCCACACAAAACGAGCAAUUUCAACGAUCUUCGCAAUGCCCGGCCCCGGAGUUGGUUUCGAAUACCCGCCCAAGAGUGUCUCUUGGUGCAAGAGGGAUCUUUUGCUCUUUGCCCAGUCCAUCGGAUGCAAGGCUGAGGAGCUUCACUUCCUCUACGAGCUUCAUCCCAACUUCGUUCCUUUUCCCACCUAUCCUCUGGCUUUGUCCUUCAAGCUCGACUCCUCAGAUGUAGUUGACUUUUACGCCGCCCAGAAGUCCAUUGCCAUCCCCGGCGUGCCUGUCUUCGAUCCCGCUCGUGUCGUUGACGGACAGCGCCGGAUCGAAUUCUUCAAGCAGCUUCCCACCUCCUCUGAGGGCAAAAGGUUUGAGUCGCGGACCAAGGUUGUCGGCGUCUACGACAAGGGUCGCCCGGGCUCUGUCGUCGAGACCCAGACCGAUAUCGUAGAUGCUACCAACAACGAAGUUUACUCGCGCAUCCACACCUCUUCCUUCUAUGUCAACCAGGGCAACUGGGGCGGCCCUAAGGGUCCCGCCACCCAGAACUUCCCCCCUCCCAAAGACAAGAAGCCUGAUGCUGUGUUUGAGAACCAGACGACGCCCGAGACUCCUCUUUUGUACCGUCUGAACGGCGAUUACAACCCCCUCCAUGCGGAUCCCGAGCCCGGCAAGAAGAUGGGCUUCGGAGGCGUCAUCAUUCACGGUCUGUACUCGUGGAAUUGGGCUUGCCACGGCCUGCUCCAACACCUUGGCGGUAGCGACCCCGCCAACAUCAAGGAGUACCAGGCCCGCUUCGCCAGCCCUAUCCGUGGUGGUGAUAAGCUUGUUGCGUCGGCCUGGAAGACUGGUGAGAUCAAGGACGGCUGGGAGGAGAUACGUUUCCAGGUCCAGAUCGAGGGUGGUAAAGUCGUGCUCAGCAAUGGACGCGCCCUGAUGAAGUGCGUCGGACCUGCUCCUCAUAGCAAGUUGUAAGAGAGACUGUGGUCAUUGUUGUAUAUAUAUAUAUAUAUAUAUAAGCAUGAGCAAGCGGCUGCUGUUUGUAUGAUUGGAAAUGGCAGAGAGAUUUCGUGAUACCAUAACGAUGCCAGCAGUAACAAAGAAUGGGCGGAUUUCUAAAACUAUCGCUAGCGUCAGCGACAUCUUUACUUA